UUGGAUCAGUUAAUGACCAACUUGGGCAAAACCUCAGCUGGAGGGUCUUCUUUCCAAAAAAUCUGAUCUGUGUCAGGUUACGUGAAAACACUAAGGAUUACAUAACAAGCGGAGAAUAUAAAAAGGUGCAAACACACAGUAACCUGCAGGUCGUGGGUCGUCUCUGCUGUGAAGCUGCAAACCUGAAGAGCAGAAAUGUCCUCGUCCGAGUUUGAAUCUCUGGAGAAAUCUCUGGAGUCUCACCUGCCACAGGCCGAGCUUACAGAGGUCAAACGCAUCUUAUUCGGAAAGGAAACACAGAAGUUGGACCUCCCGUCGUGUGCUGUGGAAGCUGCUUCUGAACGUGACUUUGAGCUGAAGGGUUACGGGUUUGAAGCUGCACAGGAACAGCUGAGGCCCCCCAGGAGGAUCCGGGUGGGACUCAUACAGCACCGCACUGUUCUGCCUACAGAUGCCCCCAUCCUGGACCAGAUCAAUGCCAUGCAUAACCGGGUUGGUGACAUGGUCGAGGUAGCAGCCAUGUGUGGUGUAAACAUUGUCUGCUUUCAGGAGACCUGGACCAUGCCCUUUGCCUUCUGCACCCGUGAAAAAGAACCAUGGACAGAGUUUGCAGAGUCUGCUGAAGAAGGAAACACCACUCGCUUCUGCCAAGAGCUGGCCAAAAAAUACAACAUGGUAGUUGUUUCCCCAAUUCUGGAGCGAGAGGAGCUGCACAACACUCUGUGGAACACAGCAGUGGUGAUCUCCAACUCUGGAAACGUGUUGGGAAAGAGCAGGAAGAACCAUAUUCCCCGGAUCGGAGACUUUAAUGAGUCUACAUAUUAUAUGGAGGGCGACACUGGUCACACAGUGUUCCAGACACAGUUUGGGAAGAUAGCUGUGAAUAUCUGCUAUGGGCGUCAUCAUCCCCUCAACUGGUUCAUGUACAGCAUGAAUGGAGCUGAGAUCAUCUUCAACCCCUCUGCUACUGUUGGAGCUCUCAGUGAGCCCAUGUGGCCAAUAGAGGCCAGGAAUGCAGCAAUAGCUAACCACUGUUUUACCUGUGCAAUCAAUCGCGUUGGGACGGAGUAUUUCAAGAGUGAAUUCACAUCUGGUGAUGGAAAAAAAGCUCACCAUGACUUUGGACACUUCUAUGGAUCCAGUUAUGUAGCUGCUCCUGACGGCAGCCGUACCCCGGGGCUCUCUAGAACCCGUGAUGGACUACUGGUGGUAGAAAUGGAUCUCAACCUGAACAGACAGAUCAGUGACAAAUGGAGUUUUAAGAUGACUGGGAGAUAUGCUGAGUACGCAGAGGAGCUUACCAGGGCUGUUAGACAAGACUUUAAACCCAACAUAGUGAAGGAGUAGAAGACAUUCUGUAAAUGCACUGUACAUUUACUAUAGUCUCAGUAUGAAACACAUGAAGUUCAGUUAUAUUUUCUUUGACAUUUUGUGUUUGUCAGACUGAUUAAUUUUGUCAUUGUUUAAUCUCAUUAAACGGAAUUCAAAGAGAAA